GCUCAGGAGACCUGGCAGAGUUGAUUCCGCCUAGGGGUGGCUUCAGGAGUGGGCAGGAACACUGCACAAUGAGUCCAGCCUCUUGAGUUCUAGUCCAGGCUCUCACUGCCCUGUGGGGGCCUCAGACCAAACCCUUCCCCAUGUGGGAACAAACAUGACUUUUACGCAUCAUCACCAUCGAAGGCAGUUUACUGUUCUGAAAGUCAAGCAAAGGGACAUAACAGCCACUUCACCCAAAUUUUGGCCUUGACAUGGGGAGGGAUGUCCUAAUAGGGCCCACCUGGGCGAAGGACCAGGGACCUGAAGAGUUUGGGGGAAACUGCGUCGGGUGGAAGGCAGGGCGGAUUUGGGGCAUGCAAGUCUCCGAUUGGCUGUGCUGUCCAUCGCUCCGCCUAGUGCUCUAUAAGACGCAGGGCGGCCCGUGCGGCGCCGGCGUGGGCACUGCGGCCGCUUUGCUCUCGGCUGGUACCCAGUGUCCACCCUCCCCGCGCAGCGCAAGCGCAGGCCGCCGCGGGGGUGGUGGCGGGGGAUGCCGGGCUGCCGCAUCAGCGCCUGCGGCCCCGGGGCCCAGGAAGGGACGGCAGAACCGGGGUCCCCCCCGCCGCCACCCCGGGAGUCCCUGCCGUCCCUUCAGCUCCCGCCCCCAUCGCUGACCUUGACCCCGACCCCCACGCAGUCGCCGCCGCUGCGGGAGGCCGCCGGGGAACCGGCCGGCGCGGCGGAGGGUCAGGAGCUGCAGCGCUGGCGCCAAGCCUGGGGCGCCGGGCGGCUGCGGCGCGGACACGGCCCCGAGCCGGACUCGCCCUUCCGCCGCAGCCCGCCCCGCGGCCCCGCUUCCCCGCAGCGCUGAACCUUGCGCCCCGGACCCCUGGCCGCCCGCGUCAGGCCAUCGCUCAGGUGCAGACCCUUGGAUGGCAAGUGAUUGCUAGAAGGACGGCGUCACCCACGAGGAGGGCAGACGGACAGACGGCAGGAGGAGACUGUCGGGGGACCAGGGGCCCGGUGAAGGAGAC